AUGACUUUCAAGAAAAAUGAGAGGCAUAAAGUGGUAGUUGUUUGUGAUAAUUCUAUGCAUGGGUGUCCGUGGAGAUGUACUGCAUCACAACAAGAAGAUGGUCAUACAAUAAAGGUUGUAAGACUAAAUGAUGAGCACGAAUGCGUGGUUGGAAACCGAAAGCAAAACAAGAUGGCUGAUUGUAGAUUUAUUUCUACAGAAUUGGAGGAUGUAUUUAAAUGCCAAAAAAAGUCUUAUACAGUUGGUAUGGUUAUCAGAGAGGGUUGGAAAAGGUUUCAGAUUGAUAUUACAUAUUGGGUGGGCUGGAGGGCAAGGACAAUUGCAUUGGAGAAAAUUUAUGGCGAUUAUGCUGGAUCUUACAGUCUUCUGCCAGAAAUGUGUAGACAAAUUCUGAAGAAUAAUAAAGGUUCAAUUGCAAGUGUGUCAACUGAUGAUGCGGACAAUAGUUUCACUGGGUUGUGUAUUACCUACAAGCCUUUCAUUGAUGGGUUCAAAAAAGGUUGCAGACCUGUUAUAGAAAUAGAUGACACUCACUUAAAAGGUAAGUAUGGAGGUGUUAUUCUUGCAGCUAUAGCCUUAGAUGGAAACAAUGGAAUGUAUCCAUUAGCAAUUUAUGUGUGUCAGGGAGAAUAUAGAGAAACUUGGACUGCAUUUCUUACAAUAAUUAAGCCUUUAAUUUGUGAGCAUGAGAAACCCAUCAAUUUUAUUUCGGAUAGACAGAAAGGACUUGUAGAAUCAGUUGAAUUAUUGUUCCCCUACAACUACCACAUAUAUUGCUUUAGACAUUUAUGGGCGAACUUGAAAAAAAUGUAUAAGGAUGAUCACACUAGACACUUAGUAUGGGGAACAACCAAAGCAUAUACAAAGUCUGAGUAUAGAGUUUGGGCUAAGACUUUGAAAAAACAUGAUCAAGGUGCAUAUGAAAAACUGCAUGAAGCAGAUGUACACACUUGGGCACGAUCACAUUUCGAUGAGGGUUCAAACUGUGAGCAUAUUACUAACAACUUCUCAGAAAGCUUUAAUUCUUGGAUUUUAAAGCCAAGAGAAAUUCCCAUAGUACCUAUGUGUGAAAAUUUUCAUACAAAGAUGAUGAAUCUGUUGUAUGAGAGGAGGAAUAAGGGCAAGAGAUGGGAAAAAUAA